GCAUGGAAUCCAAGCACUGGUGUUGCGCUAUCGGCUUUUGCCACGUCAUAGCCUCGAAGAUGCGCUUGCCGAUCUCGAGGCAGCGGUGAGCCUGGUCCGGCAGUACAAAGACGGGCCGGUGGCAGCAGUUGGAUUCUCCGCGGGAGGGCAUUUGGUCGCAUCUCUCAGCCUGCGCUUGGCCAAGAGAGACAGGCCAACUGGAGGUUACCCCCUCGACGCGCAGGUUCUGGUGUAUCCUUGCAUUGAUAGCUCUGGCUGGGGAAAGCCAGGUGAGGCAGGAUUCUGGGAUCCGGCCUGCCACGAGAAGGCCAGUUCGCUACUGGAAGGCCAACAGUCACUGCUUGGAGGACGUGGAUUUGCUGCACCGCCGAGCUUCCUUGUUGGCUCCACCGGCGAUGCUGUUUGCCCUGCUAAGGUUCACACCGAUCCUUAUGCGGAGGCUCUUUGCAGAAGGGGAAUCGCCCACGAGUACAUUCGGGGAAAUCUUGGAGAGCAUGGAUUUGGUUUGGACCCAUGUUGGAGCAGUGCAGCUUUGCACUGGCUACGCCAGCGUGGUUUCGGCAAAAAGAGUCCCUCUCGCUCGUGGGCCGGCUGCCGCCUCAAAACGCGUCUCCAAACAGGACUUUGA